GACGUGUCCUACGUGUCUCUCUAUCUUCCCCUCUGUCAGCACCACCAGCAUUCUUCCAAUCCUCCAUGCUAGCCGAUCCGAUCGGGCUUAUAUUACAGGUACAGGAUCAGCGAGGGGUUAUCUCCCGAUCUCUGCGCAAAGCUCACCCUUGCGGCAAUCCCCGACCCGAUGGAUGAACGGACGCCAUCAUGUCCAACCACCGGGCCUACCGAUAGAUAGAUAUACUUACUGACUGACAGAACUGCGAUUGUGGCUGGGUGGCUGGGUGGCUGUCCUCCGCUGCCGGGUACGUGGCCCACCUCGCCUACAUACUUACGAGGGCUCCGGCCGCCAUGCAGGGCGGGGCUUUUCUUCGGAAUUCGCUAUCACUUCCGUCUUUUCGACUGUUGUACGGAGUACCUAUCUACUUGCUUCUGUUGGGAGGCGAUGGGGAGCCCCGGGAUACCCACAUACCCCGCCCCCAGGUGUUCGACUCGCGGUCAGGGUGGGCUAUGGAACCCUUUGAGGCCUUUGGGAGCGGUGUAGCUCGACGAUCUCCUGAAUCCUGAUAGACAGACAGGAGAAGCUAGACAGCCCAGCCCAGGACAGUACAUCUCAGUCCACCCGUUCUAGCCCUGUGAUGCGGUCAGCCUUCGGGCUUCCAAGGCCUGAGGCUGAGACGGGGGGGUCAGUCAGGUCAGGCAUUGCUUGUUUGCCUUUUGCCCCCCUGGUCGUCCGUCCACACACAUACACACACACUCUCACUCAGACACACCUGGAUGAAUCAUUCUCCCCCCCAAAUGAGUGCUCACUUUGCGUGAGCUGUACGGAGGACCGCUCGCCGGAGAGGCUUAUGAGGCCUCAUAAUGACC